GACCUCUUUAAGAGGCAGCGUCGGAGGACGUCGAGGGGGCGUGGUGGAAGUUUCCCCCUUUGGGUCAUGCGUAUGACGCGUCGCUCUGAAGAGGGUACGUGGCAGUGACGUUAACGGUCCGCCCUCUUUUCGGAUCGCUUGUUCCUUCGUGCCUGGGGCCGGUGUUUGGACCUGAGGAAGCCGAGCAGUGCCGGGCGUCGGAAUCAGGUCUCCGAGUCCGCACCAGGUUAUGUGCCUCCAUGAAUACGAGGAAACGCCACGGCUCUAGAAACACCGAACAAGGCGUUUACCUGGGGCCUUCCCAGACGCAAGUUCUGCCCCCACUCACCACUGCGCCAGCCACAGCAGCACCCCCUCCGAUCCAGCUGGACACCAUGUCAUGUCAAGAUCGCACCCAGGAGUUCCUCUCCGCCUGCAAGUCCUUGCAAAGCAGACAGAACGGGCUUCCGCUGAGCAAACCAGCGUUGAACGCUGUACGGCAAAGAAGCGAAUUCACACUCAUGGCCAAGCGCAUUGGGAAGGACCUCAGCAACACUUUUGCCAAGCUGGAGAAGUUAACGAUCUUGGCCAAGCGGAAAUCCCUGUUUGAUGACAAGGCAGUAGAGAUUGAGGAGCUGACCUACAUCAUCAAACAGGAUAUCAACAGCCUGAACAAGCAAAUUGCACAGCUGCAGGAGUUCGUGAAGGCCAAAGGCAGCCUGAGCGGGCGACAUGUGCAGACCCACUCAAACACCGUAGUGGUGUCGCUGCAGUCCAAGCUAGCCUCCAUGUCCAACGAUUUCAAGUCUGUCCUGGAGGUGCGAACAGAGAAUCUCAAACAGCAGAAGUCUCGUCGAGAACAGUUUUCCCGCACGCCAGUGUCCACCAUGCCCCUCUCCACAAACAAUCUAGGUGGAGCUGCUGUGCUUCAGGAUGAACCCCGGCGCUCAGGGGACGUGGCCAUCAACAUGGACAAUCAGAUGAGCCAGCAGUUGCAGCUCAUUAACGAACAGGAUUCCUACAUCCAGAGCCGAGCAGAUACAAUGCAGAACAUCGAAUCUACUAUUGUUGAGCUGGGCUCCAUAUUUCAACAGUUGGCACACAUGGUCAAAGAGCAGGAGGAGACUAUCCAGAGAAUCGAUGCCAACGUGGAAGACGCUCAGCUCAACGUCGACGCCGCACAUACGGAGAUCCUGAAGUACUUCCAGUCUGUCACUUCCAACCGCUGGCUCAUGGUGAAGAUCUUUCUCAUCCUCAUCAUCUUCUUCAUCAUCUUUGUGGUGUUCCUGGCCUGAUGGCGGAGGCGGGUCGGUCGCCUGUCCCUCCCCCGACCUCCCCCAGAGCCGUGUUGGGACACUUGGACUCUCCCGCUUGAUCUUCUGAUAGCUGGCAGGGGGCAGAGGUGCCUACCACGUGUCUGGCUCUGAAGGGGUGGCAGUGACCAUCCUCACUUGUUGUGACUUUCGGCCGGGAGCAGGGCCACUCUGAUUUGGAGUGCAGUAGCAUUUGGACUAUGCUGUGAAGGGCUUUGCCUUGACUUCUCCCCCUCUUCCCUGUGAUGGGACUUGACCCAGCAGGGGUGUGCAGAGGGACCAGCAUCUUGUUUCCCUUUCCUUUAUACUAUAUGCUUGCCCCUAACACUCGGGACUCAAGCAUUAACCAAUCCACAUACACCUCUUCUCAUUGGUAUUGACCUUCGACCUUACACGAAAUCCAGCCCAUAUUCGCACUGUAUGUAGAGGAAGGACGGAAGCAAGCUGCCCCUGGACUGUGCCUUUUGCACAGGGCCUGUGCAUAUUAAGUCUUCCCUUCCUUAGCAUAUUUAAGUAUUUCUCGCUGCUGUAAGAUGUGGGUGGGGGGCUCCUCCAGGCAAGCAAAGUUUGGCUAGGCCAAAAAUAGCUGUCUGGAAUAGACUUGGCUCUUUGCUGAGUGGAAUAGGAUUGUCCUCUUCUUUUCUCCUACCCUCACAUAAUUCUCCUAGAAGGGAGAAGUUUCCUUUAUCCUUGAUAUGAACACGUUGACCAGAGUGUUGUCUCUGUUCCCAAACUCACCUGCACAGGGGUGGGAGAUCAGCAGGGCUUGGCUCCUUUGUCCCCGCCUUCCUUCAUGAUGAUGCUUAGGGGAGGCACCCGGAUCACGUGUUGAUGCCGGGCUCUUUAAAGACGCCCUGCUCCUUUCUGGUAAACGAGUUCACCCACUAGUGCCUCCUCUUGCAACAAAGCGGUUCGGGCCUUUGCUGUGAACCCCCAUUCUUCUCCCCC